AUGCCACCCAAAGGCGGAAACGCAAAGAAGGAAAGCGGACGCGCCAAAAAGGCAGAGAACGAGUCGAAGAAGCAAGAAGCUGCCGUAGCGGCAAAGGAAAAGAAAGAAGCCGAGGAAUGGUCUAAAGGCGCAAAGAGCAGCAAGGCCGCAGAUGACAAGGCUGCGAAGAAAGCCGCCGAGGCAGCUCGUAAAGCCGAAAACGCACGAUUGCUGGCAGAGGAAGAGACUGGUAUGGCAGCUGCGAAGAAGGCUGCUCCCAAAGCUGGUAGCAAGGGCAAGGCCAAACCUCCGCCACCUAAGCCUGCUGGACCUGGAGCGCUUGCUGCUGGCGGAGGUCUUGCGUCCGUACCUGCCGAUCCUGUUGAAACAACCAAACCCGAGAUCAACGAGCCCGAGUUGGUACAAAGCUUCGCUGCAACCGGUAUCGACGAUGCACUUGAAUUACUUGAGGUAGUCAAUGCCAAGAGCGACAAAGCGAGCGUUGGACAGCAAGCUGCAGGCAUUGAGAAACAUCCAGAACGUCGUUUCAAAGCCGCGUUCGAGGCAUACCAGGAACGCGAACUUCCUCGCCUAAAGGAAGAGGACCUGAUGUACAAGAUGUUCCAGAAGUCUCCUGACAACCCCUUCAACCAAACACUGGUUUCCUACGAUGCGACCAAGGAGGACAAAGUGGAGGCAUUGUCCAUGCGCAAGAAAGAGCUGGAAGAUCGUCUCCGGGAGUCGGAUUAG